AAGCGUCACUUCACUCUCCGUAGCGUAGUGUAGUGGAAGUGAGUGGAAGCAAACGGAAUCAUCGCCUUGCGCUCACGACUACCGAGUUCACUGUGUUAGUAGCGAGUGGCGUGCGGAGCGGUCUGCUUCUCGUCGUCUCUGUCAACUGGUUUGGUUUCAUCCGCGUCCCCGCGUAUUGCAUCUCGUCAAGGCAAGCAGCAAGCAAACACAAGACGCGUCGCUAGGGGCAAUAAGGGUUCGAGUGAUUCUCGUUUUGGAAGGGGCGUUAGCAGUAACCACGAAUGCAGACGAUCCAGUUUUGUAGGGUCGAGGGUUGUUGUUGGUGUUGCACGUCACCUGAACGCCGGUAGCGUGUGUUUUUUUUUCUACACAUCAAGAUUAAAAUUCCUCAUCAACUGUGGUCAGUGCGCAUACCGCGAGUAACUUGUGUUUGUGUUGAACUUUUGACCGGAAUAAACACACUAUUUACAUAAUCAUUUAUAUAAUUUGCAAGAAAUCAGUGUAUGUACUAUAAAAAUCAUUGUUUUUGUGGAUUUUCAUGAUUGCGAAACAUGUGCGGUGAUUUGGUGAAUAAAAAGAAUGUCGUGGAAUGAGUGUGAACAUUGCCAGCGAACGACAAUACAUUGGAAUAUAAAUUAAUGACAAUGAUACGGUUUAUCACAACUGCCGACUGAAGUGAUAAUAACCUUGAAGCGGAUGUUGCCAUCCAGAUAACUAUCCUUUUUUAAAACUAUUUUAUAUAAUUUCCUUCAUUUGUAAUCAAACACUCCAGCCAAGAUGACGCCAUCGCCAUUUUGGACAACACUAGCAGUGCUAUCUAUAUUUUUAUUAAGUCACGUUAAUGGUUUACUGGAAGGACCUAAUGUUUGCGUCCGACAGGAACCGCAAACAAUAACAGUGCGCAUAUCAGAAAGUCAACCAUAUCAAGUGAGGACAUACACAUGGUGCUUAAAUGUACCACCGCGUUGUUCAAAGUAUAAGAUUGAGUUCCGGACUAUUUACAAAACGCAGACAAUUGUAAAGAAUAAACCAGUCGAGGAUUGUUGUAAAGGUUAUACGAAGGAUGCCAGCGAAACUUCUUGUAUUCCAGUUUGUUCCAAGGAUUGCUUGCAUGGCGUUUGUGUGGCACCGGAAGUAUGCAAGUGCGAGACUGGUUAUGGCGGCCCGCAAUGUGAUAUAUCUUGCCCAAGUGGUUUUUAUGGCCGUGAAUGUCAGAAAGUCUGCGAAUGUAAAAAUAAUGCAACAUGUGAUCCUUUUGAUGGAUCUUGCCACUGCUCAAGAGGCUAUAUUGGGAAGAAUUGUGAGAAGGAGUGUCCUGCAGGACGAUACGGACAGGGCUGCGAGGAGAAGUGUAUGUGUCAGCAUGGUAAAUGUGAUCAUAUUUCCGGAGAGUGUCAAUGUGAUCCAGGAUGGCGAGGACCUUUAUGUGAAGAUCUAUGUCCAAUGGGUAAACAUGGUGAUGAUUGUAAAUCGGAUUGCCGUUGUCAAAAUGGCGGCACAUGCGAUCCGGAAACAGGCGAUUGUUACUGUCGCGCUGGUUGGACCGGAUCAGUAUGUGCGAAUCGAUGUCCUUUCGGAUUCUGGGGCUUGAAUUAGGAACCCUGCGAUUGUUUCAAUGGUGCUUCGUGCCACCACGUGACUGGAGAUUGCGAGUGUCAACCAGGUUUCCGGGGAGAUCGCUGCUUGGAUACUUGUCCUGACGGUACGUAUGGCGUAGACUGUGUUUCAAAAUGCACUUGUCAAAACGACGCCGAGUGUUCCAAGGCGGACGGGCGAUGCACGUGCACAAAAGGGUGGACAGGUCGCAAUUGCACAUCUCGCCAUUGUGGUGACAACAUCUACGGUCCUAACUGUAAACAGAAUUGUAAAUGUGUGCCAGAGAACACGGAACUGUGUCACCCGUGGACGGGCGAGUGUGAGUGUAAAGCAGGUUGGGUAAGCGAUGACUGUGGUCGAUCUUGUCCGCUGCUUACAUUUGGUAAGGGCUGUGGUGGUGUCUGCACAUGUCAAAAUAGUGCGCGUUGUUCGCCCGUUAAUGGCACGUGUAUCUGCGCGUCCGGGUUCACUGGUGAGAGCUGUGAGCGGCCAUGUGAACCGGGUCUAUUCGGCGAGGAUUGCAAACAUCUUUGCCAGUGUCGUAAUGGUGCUGCCUGCUCCACUGAGACAGGACAGUGUAUCUGCACCGAAGGCUGGGAGGGACAGUCUUGUGAUCGGCCAUGCAGCAGCAACAAAUAUGGCCUCAAUUGUCUCAAGGAUUGCACGUGUAGAAAUGGCGGCGCAUGUAACCCGCAAAAUGGCACUUGCACAUGUGGGCCGGGGUAUUUCGGUGAGCAUUGCGAAAUGCGUUGUGAGCGUGGAUAUUUUGGCCCUGAUUGCAAACAAAAAUGUCAGUGCGUUGAAGGGCACUCACAGGGAUGUGAUCCCGUCACCGGCAAAUGCAUUUGUUUGACCGAGUGGAAAGGAGUACGAUGUGAAUCAACUUGUCCGCUUGGAAAAUAUGGAGAGGAUUGUGAAUUGGAUUGUAAUUGUAAAAAUAAUUCGUCAUGUGAUGCAAGUACAGGUGAAUGUGUCUGUGCAAGGGGUUGGCAAGGCAAGGAAUGUGAUGAGAAAUGUGAUAAUGGUUUCUAUGGCAUUGGAUGCAAGCAAGUUUGUCCGGAACUUUACAAAGAUAAUCGCACUUGUGAUCAUGUAACUGGUGAAUAUAUCUGCAGACCAGGUUACAUAGGUCUCACAUGUGAACACCCAUGUCCUUUUGACAAAUUUGGUAAGAACUGUGAACAGAAGUGCAAAUGUCUUAAUGGCGGGCAGUGCCACCAUGUGACUGGUAAAUGCCAGUGUCUUCCUGGCCGUACUGGAGAGAAAUGUGACCAGGUCUGUAAAGACGGGCUAUACGGUCAGAAUUGCACUCAACACUGCAAGUGUUUAAAUGGAGGGAAGUGCCGAGUUAAUGAUGGCGAGUGUAAGUGCCCACAUGGAUGGACUGGACGUUUUUGUCAAAAUCUUUGCGCUGAGGGCUACUACGGUGAUAAUUGUAUGGAGGCAUGCAACUGUAGAAGCGAUUUCUUCCAAUGCCACCCGGCUAGAGGUUGUAUUUGUAAGUCGGGAUUCACCGGGGAAAACUGCGACGAAUCAUUAUCAUCACCGCGAAUAACAACUUCGGAUGAUGGCGGCUGGACAGCUGGUACUGUGAUUGGUUUUCUUCUAUUGUUGGCUAUUCUUGUGGCAACCAUAUUUGCAAUUAGGCAUUACUAUCAGCGUCGGGUGGCCAAUUUACGUACCGAAAUUGCGCAUGUACAAUAUAUAGCAAAUCAGAAUGGUUUUGCGACUGGUUAUCCAUCGGCGGAUAGAAAUCAUUUUGAUAAUCCUGUCUACUCGUAUCAAAAUGGCGCUCCAGUCAAAGGCGACGAUAUUAGUUUAUUGAAUAACGCGACUUUGGUGCGAAAUAAUUUGGUAAAGCAAAACAAUCUGCACCGCCAACGUAUGGCUGCGCCUGGAUGUUCAACUGACGAUGAUGACAGUGGCCGCUCAUCAGAACUAAAUUCACUUAAAAAUCGCGAUGCGGAUGCAACCAAUCCGAAUAUUUACAACAGCAUCGAGAAGGUCGAUCACGUCUACGACGAAAUCCAGCAGAAAGAUUGCAAGGAUAUAGAACUGGAAUACGAUCAUUUGGACUACUCCCGACCGGCUAGCACCUGGAAAUCUACAUAUCAGCAAAUGCCAGGCACACUGCGGACAUCAAGAGAAAGAGUGCUAGAUCCGGACGUCGAACGCAAUCUGAACACUUCUUCUGCGAGCAAUAGUAGCAAUAGCACCGCACCAGAUGUAACGUAUAGCAAUAGUGACAGUUCCAAUCAUACUCGUACAUAGCACCCUGCUCAAUCAAGGUAGUAAGUACAUAAUAACUUCAGCGAAUAAGUUCAGCGUUAAGCAGUAUCCUUCAACUUUCCCUAAAGACACCAGUCCAACAAUUCGUCUGUGUCGUCGUGUGUCUAAAUGUAUGUAUUUUAAAUAAUUUUAAUUAUGAUUUAUGUAAUGCUAUUGAUUUAUCUCAAAUGUAUUUUCAAUGUUUGUUGAUCGAGGGAGGUUCUUAAUGAUUUUUAGUAAGAACGAGUAUGAUAAAGUUCUGUGAUACCAAAACAAAAAUUAUAAAUGGUAAAUAGAUUUUAUAAAUAUUAAAAAUAAGUGAAACGA